AUGCCAUGGUUUUUACAAUGGUAUUCAGAUUAUCGUGAUCCUGAAAAUUUUGUUAAGAUCUUACGAAUGCUAUUGAGUGAAUUUACAGCAUGGUUCACUAGUUGUCAACCAGAUACUUAUUUUCAAUGUCGUUCUGCGGUUAAUAGUAUGAUUCGUCAUCUAAAUUAUUUUCUUAUCCGUCCUUUCGAAUCGGGCAACUUGAAAAUUAUUAGUGAUGAAUUUUAUCAUGAUUACUGUAAAUUGGUUUUACAUUGGUCAUCAAUUUUGUCAUCAACAUUAAAAUGUCCGUCGAAUGCGAUAAUUGUCAAAUCAGCUACACAAGCUAUCGUUCAAACUUUAUAUAAUUUUACACUUCAUUUGAACGUGCUAAGUUUUAUGAAAACAGUUUCGAACUUGAUUCCUAUGCUUUUAGAAAUAACUGAUGAUAAGCUCGAUGAAAUACAAUUGUAUGCUUACCGUUGCUUGGGCAAAAUGAUGAUAGAAACAGAUAUUAAAACUAUAGCAAAUCCUGGUAAAAUUACGGCUGUACACAUCGAAUUCAUUACAAAUACUAUCGACGAUCCAAAACAAGCAGAACGAUUUUAUAGUCUGCUAGAAAGUAUGAAAAAUUAUGUUCAACAUGAUCAAGUAAAAGUUGAACUCAUAAAACAGAAAGUAGUUCCUUUACUAAUCAAAUGUGUCGUAGAAACUCAAUUUGAUCCAGUCAAAGUACAACUAAUAGCUCUUGAAAUUCUUCUUGCUCUCUCGUUUGACAACAAUGCCUACUGUAUCCUGAGACAAAAUCAAAUUCUCAUGAGUCACAUUCGAGUUCUUGUAGGCAAUACUAAUCCGGCUGAAUCAUAUUUACAACGAGCAGCAGAAAGGCUUCUUUGGAGAUUAGAAAAAGAAGAAGCCAUUAUUCAAUCAACAGUUUUGAAUGUGCACAAAUAUGAUAUCAUGAUCAGUUAUUCACAUGAAGAUCAACAGAUAUGUUUUCAAAUUCAAGAACAAUUAGUGAAAGAUGGAUUUCGUGUAUGGAUUGAUAGAGAUUAUUUGCGAGGAUUUAUAAUGGCUGGCAUAGCAAAUGCUAUCGAAAAUUCUGAAUGUGUACUAAUCUGUAUGUCUAGCAAAUACAAACAAAGCCCCUACUGUCAGUUGGAAGCUUAUUAUGCAUUUGAACGAGGCUGUCGUCUCAUUCCAAUUAUCAUUGAAUCUAAUUACAAACCUGAUGGAUGGCUUGGUAUUAUUAUGAUAAAUUCAUCUUGGCCAAAUACACCAUGUCAAAUGCAAAGACCAUCAUUAAUUGAGGAUGAUGAUGAUGAUCAUACUAAUAAUAAGAAUGGAAAACAAUUGCUAUCAAGAAGUCUUACAUUUGAUAGGGAACCAUUAAAACAAAAACGAAUAAAAAGACUAAGUCGAUCAUCACCAGCUAUAAUUGAACAACGACUACAAUGUUUAGAUCGAAGUUUACUUAGUGUUGAUCCUCUACCAUAUGUACGUGACAUGCUUAAUGAAUUGAGUAAUACAGAAGCUUUUCUUUAUGCUCGACAAUGUCGUGUUGUUGCUGCUAAAUUACGUUUAUGUUGGAGUGAUGUUAAUGAAGAAAUAAAAUCAUUAUUAAAACAUAAAGAAUAUACAGAAGCAGCUAUUGAACAUAUUCGAAAAGAUUUAAUAAUUAAUAAAGAGAUACUUUCUCAACUAUUAUCAACUCUUGGCUUUCGUCUACCAUGUACACCUCAAAAUAAUCCAAUAACUUCAUCUAAUUCAAAUUUAAAUAAUACAAAUAUUUCAACAGAAGCAACAUUAUUGAAUGAAAAUAGUUUACCACUUGUUGGAAAUUUACUUGCUUUUAGAUCAGAUGUUAUACAAGUAUAUCAAGAUGCAACAAAAUUAAUUGAAGAAUCAUGUGAAAUUAAAAAACAAGCGAUGAAUCAAAUAAAAGAUGCAAAAGCUUAUUCAUUAAGUGUUAAUCAAAGUAUUGCUCAAAAACUUGCGGAUAUUAUUACAUUAGCUUAA